AUGACCAGGCUAGUUACCAGGCCAGGUUGGGCGUUCUUGAUACCCCGCGCUGUGGGUUGGGUGAGCCCUGAGCAAGCGAGACCGGAUGAGAUGCGCAGUGUCCUGUCAAAUCGUACAGGAUCUGCCCUCUGUGAUGGAUGGCAGAUCGAUGAGGAGAGAAAAAGAGCGGCGGAUGAGGAGGAACAAUAAGCUAUAUAACUAAUCAAUAAUAAUAAUGAGGGGAGAUUCUUUUGCGAGAGUUUUUGGAGUGAUUUGUGUGUGGUGUGGAGAAUAAAGUGCGGCUCCGCGUUUGAGGCGCAAGUUGCAAUCGAAACAUCAUUCAACACUUCUUCUUGUCCCAACGCCAGUGACGCCACAGCGAAGUGAACCCUGGAGUUGAAAUGGGCAGCUUUGUUUCAAUACGCUGUAAUGACAGCUCCCCGGCAUCGCCGACCCUUCAGGAAGCAAGAGGGCACUCGGAGCCAAAAACAGACCUCUUCCUUCUGAUGUUGUGCUCUGUUGGGAAAUUUCCGUAGGCAGUGUUUCCGAUGACUGGGGAGAACAAGCCUCAUCAAUCAUCUGGAUCAAGCUUUGAUCUGUUUUGAUUCAAGUGCUUGAAUCACCUGCUGUGCUUAUGGCAGAACACUCAGGAUUGCAGAGACGGGAAUCGCAAUCGCAAUAUGUUAUGUAUGUAUAUGAUAUCAGCAGGCAGCACAAAAGACAAAUAUCAUUCCCUCCAAAUA